CGUCACAAAUCCAUGCCCCCUUUUUUUUAAGCCACCCCGACACCAGCACAGCCUGCCAGCCACCCGCUUCUCACAGAUUCACAUGGCGCCUGCAGAUCUGCUGGGUGGGGCAGGAACUGGGGACUGUUUACAAGUGAAACUCGCUGUAGCUUUACACCUCAAUAAAUAAUGGACAGGAAACUGAAUCUGGACCGAGCUGAGACAUUCUCCUUUGUCAACCCAUGGAUCAGAUACUUUCUCUUCUUCUUCAGUUUCUUAUUUUGGGUUUUCUCCCUGUUGAUUGUUGCAAUUGGUGUGUAUGCUAAAGUCCAGAAGGCCACAGACACGGUGAGGGACACGUUCCUGAUCGACCCGGCUGUCAUCCUAAUUGUGGUGGGGGUGGUCAUGUUCUUCAUCACUUUCUGUGGCUGUAUUGGAGCUCUCAGAGAGAACAUUCGCCUCCUCAAGACAUUCUCCUUCAGCCUCACACUGGUCUUCCUCACCCAGCUGGCCAUAGCGAUUCUGGGCUUCUUUUACUCUGAUCAGGCACGGGAUGCUUUGGGAAAGUUUGUAAAGAAAGCAAUUGUGCACUACAGGGAUGACCUGGAUCUGCAGAACCUGAUGGAUUACAUUCAAAAAGAGUUCAAGUGUUGUGGAUGGAACAACUACACUGAUUGGUCUUGGAACCUCUACUUUAAUUGUACACAUGACAACCCCAGCUCUGAGCGCUGUGGUGUGCCUUAUUCCUGCUGUACUCCUGUUCCUGGGGAGGCAGUGAUCAACACUAUGUGCGGUUUUGGAGUUCAAACGCAGAACUUCAUGGAGGCAAACAAGUCGAUCUACCCAGUAGGCUGUGCGGACAAAGCAGUGAUGUGGAUCGAGUCUCAUCUGCUGCUGGUGGGAGCUCUCGCCUUGGGUCUGGCCUUGCCUCAGAUUGCAGGAAUUGUGCUGUCCCAGAUCCUGAUCUCUCAGAUUCAAGAUGAGAUUACCUCAGUGCUGUGAGAGCGCUACGACAAAGGGG